UGGAAGUAGGCAACCAGUUAUACAUACAUAAUGCAGCCACCGGAUUGGCAGUUACACCGCGCAAGCCUAAAGAGGAAACGCCACGGUGGAAACGUAAAACAGACUCUCUUCUUCUCCGACCACUCACCGUGUGCAGACGUCCUCUCCUCUUCAAGACCUCCACGUGGACAUACACAUACAACCUUGGACCUUGUUAUCAUUUUUGUAGUUGGUAUUGUAAAUAAACCUGUACUAAAACCGUUUCCGUUAGUAAUUCGACGACAACAAUUACAAUUGGUGACCCCGACGUGAUCGAAGAACUACGGGUACGAACAUCCCGACGGGAUCGAAGAACUACGGGUACGAACAUGCCGACUGCCGAAGAACUGCAACAGCAACUCGAAAAACAGCAAGAAGCCAUCCGGAAGCUAGAGCACACUCCAGCCAGUCACAGACAUCGUAGCGAACCCACCAGACAAAGAGAGGAGAAGCAGCUACGAAAGCUGAUAAACGAGAUGGAGCUAGGGGACCGACAACCAUCCCAGUUAUUCCGCGAAAUGAAGGCACUCGCGGGGCAACAGAUGAAUAGCGAAGUCAUAAAAACGCUCUGGCUACAGCGACUUCCACCACAUGUCCAACUCGUGCUGUCUGCGAGCGAGGGAGUACCGCUGGAAAAGAUGGCAGAAAUCGCGGACAAAUUGGCGGAAAUACACAGAAGCAACGCUAUGGCUUCCAGUAUCAACGCGAUAGGCGCCACCAGCGACACGACGCGGCAGAACACCAUCGUACCAACGCAGGAAACCAACCUCAUUACGGUAAUUGCAGACCUCCAGAAACAGAUGGCGGCCUUAUCGGUAGCCGUAACUCAUCUAACCAACACGAGAGGGCGCAGUCCACAAGCACGGCAAAAUGACAGCCGAAAUCGGUCAAGGACACACAGCAGGCAACGCACGGAUCAAAAUGGCGUUUGUCAUUACCACGCCAAGUUCGGUGUAAACGCCCGAAAGUGUUUCAAACCCUGCACGUUUGUACAGCCGGAAAACUAGAGGCGCCGUCGGGUAUCGAGGCGGUACACGACGACGCGCGUCAUCAUCGUCUCUUCGUCACGGAUCCCAAAUCCGGUAUCAGGUAUCUAGUCGAUACCGGAGCAGAGGUCUCAGUCCUGCCGAAAACGUUUUCAGGUAAGGCUCAGUCACAGACACAAGAUACACCCGCCCUAUUUGCAGCGAACAACACACCCAUCCGCACGUUCGGCCAGAAAUUCAUGGU